AUGUCGGAUACCGAGAACGUAACCGAUGCUGAUGUUCGACGAUCAUCGAGGCGUCGAGAGAGCGCAAAGGUAACCUCUAGGAAAAAUGCGCUAGAAGCUAUGAAAGAGGCGAGAAGGUCGGGAAAAGGCUACAAACCGAAUCUUGAAGUCAAUGAUGUAUAUGAAGUUGUUGAUGAGGAUGAAUACAAUGAUAUAGUGAGAAAACGUCAAAAUGACAAUUUUGUGGUGGAUGAUGACGGAAUGGGCUAUGUGGACACCGGUGUCGAUUUCGACGACGAGUAUGAUGAAUAUGCCGAUGAGGAAAAUGCAAAAAAAUCGAAAAAUAGAAAAAAUAAAGCGAAAAAGGAGAAGAAAAAAGGCGCUUUGGAUAGUUUUUUGGCGGCUGGACAGACGAAAAAGGCGGUUUUUGAUGAUUCGAAGGUGAAAGUGAAUUUGGAGGAGGAUGAGGAUUUGAAGAACAUGCUCGGCGAUAUUCUUGAUGGUCCCGAUGAGGAAGAGGAGACGGCGCCGCCGCCGCCGCCGCCAAAAUCGAGGAAUCCGUUCAAAAGGGAACGGACGAGCUCACCGGACGCCUUUGAAGCGUCGAUGGCGCCGAGACCGAUUGCGAAGAAGGCGAAGACAAACUUCCUGGCGAAAACGCCCAAAGUUGGUGUCGUCAAACAGGCGGUGAAGCUCGAGGAGCCGGAGGAGCCUGAGGAAGCCGAUGAUUUUGAUUAUGGGAUUCCUGAUGUUGAAGAGGCUCCCGUUGAAUUCUCAAAUGAUAGUCAGAAGACGACGGAUGUCGAGAAAGUGAAAAUCGACGAAUCACCGGACGACGUGAUGGAGACUGACGAAGCGCCGACGUCGAAACUUCUUCUGACCGCUGAAGAAUGGAAUGCCGACACGAACGAGGCGGUCGACGAGCCGAUCGACGUCAAAACGGGCGCCGAGGAGUUUUAUGUGAUGGGCGGCGAGAAUGGCGAUCAGAAGGCGAUUCGAAUGUAUUGGAUCGACGCAUUCGAGGAUGUCCACAAGAAUUCCGGCACCGUUUUCCUAUUUGGUAAGCUGAAAGUCAGCAAAAAUCAAUGGGCGAGCUGUUGUUGUAUUGUUCGGAAAAUGCCUAGGCAGGUGUUCUUCAUGCCGAGAGAAACGAAUUUGGCGACGAAUGAGCCGAUUCAAGAUGUCGACGUCUUCAAUGAGAUUCGGUCGGUUUUGAAGAAGAAUUUGAAUUUGAAUGAGUUCAAAUGUCGGCCGAUCGAGAAGAGAUUGAUGAAUGACAAACAGUUUGGCGAGAAUGCCGGCGAGAAAACGCGACUAAUGGAAGUUCAAUAUGAGAGUACACAUCCGAAAUUGCCGUCGGAUCUCACCGGUAGCACAUUUUCAAAAAUUUUCAACACCACAACGACGCCGUUGGAGCAUUUGUUGAUUGAAAAACGAUUUAUGGGACCCGGCUGGAUUGAAUUGUUCAAUUUUAACGAAAGUAGCGCAAAAAUGUCGAAUUGCGAUUAUGAAUUCUCGGUUGAUAUGGAAAAAAUGAAGAAUAUUCGAUAUUUGGAGGGAAAUUCCGACGAAAAAUUGCCGAAUGUUCGAUUAUUGGCGAUCAAUGUGAUAACGACGAUCAAUGAGAAGAAAGAGAAUGAGAUUUGCAUGAUUUCGAUGCUCAACAACCCGAAAUCGAGUCUUGUUCAUCCGAGUUGCGCCACCAAAGAUUUGCAGCGAAUCUCACUGGUGACGCGUCCGGUUGGCGGAACAUUGCCGUUCGACAUCAAAAAACGGCUGGAGAGCGAACAGUUGAGCGGAAUCGCGACGACGACGGCCAACGAGAAGGCGCUUUUGACGUUGUUCUUGGCGAAACUCAAUCAAAUCGAGCCCGACAUUAUUGUGGGUCACGAUUUGUCGGCGAUGGUGUCGAUUUUGGUGUCGAGACUCGAAAAGCUGAAAAUUCCGAAUUGGUCGCGAAUGUCGCGAUUGAAACGAACGAUCAACAUCGGCAAAGUGGGGCAUAGCAAAGCGGGACAAUGGGAGUUGACGGCCGGAAGGCUUCUAUUGGACUCAAAGUUGGCCGCAAUGGAAUUGAUGAAAUCGCGAAGUUACGAUAUAAGCGAGCUCUCAAUGAAAAUGUUUGGCUAUAAGAGGCACGAGAUUUACGCCAACGACAUUGGACCAAUGUACUCAUCGUCUGAACGCCUCAUUAAUCUUAUCAAAUGGUCGUGGGCUGAUCCGCUCUUGUCGCUGCGAAUUGUCGUCGAACUCAACGCAUUACCAUUAUUCACACAGAUUACUAACAUUGUCGGUGGAGUUGCGUCGCGAACUCUGAUGGGCGGUCGAGCCGAACGAAAUGAAUACCUGCUGAUGCACGCGUUCCACAAAUCGGAACUGAUUGCGCCCGACAAAUUCAACGCGAACGCGAAGAGGAUUCAGAAGGCGUCCGACGAUGACGAUGAUGGUGGCGACGAGCACAAAGCGGGCAAAUCGAAAGCGCAAUACUCGGGCGGAUUGGUGUUGGAGCCGAAGAAGGGGCUCUAUGAUACGCUGAUUCUCCUGCUCGACUUCAAUUCGCUCUAUCCGAGCAUCAUUCAGGAGUACAACAUUUGCUUCACCACCGUUUCGCACACAAAGGACGGCGACGAAUUGCCGGAAUUGCCGUCGGCGAGUUUCGAGGAAGGCGUCCUACCGCGCGAGAUUCGAAAACUCGUCGAGUGUCGCCGAAACGUGAAGAACUUGAUGAAGACUGAGAAGAAAGAGGCCGAUCGAAAACAAAUGGACAUUCGACAAAUGGCGCUGAAAUUGACGGCGAACUCCAUGUACGGUUGCCUCGGAUUCCAGUAUUCGAGGUUCUACGCGAAGCCGCUUGCCGCGCUCGUCACCGCCAAAGGAAGAGAGAUUUUGAUGCAUUCGAAGGAUCUCGUUGAGUCUCUCGGCUAUUCGGUGAUUUAUGGCGAUACUGACUCGAUAAUGAUUAACACGAACUCACUGGAUUUGGCGCAGGCGAAAAAAUUGGGAACCGAGAUAAAAAAACAAGUGAAUAAAUGCCAUCGAUUGUUGGAAUUGGAUUUGGACGGAGUUUUCAAGAGGAUGCUUUUGCUGAAAAAGAAAAAAUAUGCGGCGUUGACCAUCAAUCCCGACACGAAAGUUGAAUCGAAAGAGCUGAAAGGAUUGGAUAUCGUGCGACGAGAUUGGUCCCAAUUGGCCAAAGAGACUGGAACAGCCGUCGUCGAUCGCAUACUGGAUCCCGAAUUGAGUCGUGAUGAGCUGGUCUCGUCGAUUGACGACCUAUUGCGACAAAUGAGAUCCGAAUUGGACGCGGGAAAUGUGGCGAAGGAGAAAUUCCAGAUUAGCAAACAAUUGACGAAAAAUCCGAAAGACUAUGCGGAUUUGAAGGCGCAACCGCACGCGGCGGUCGCGAAACGACUCAACGAGAGCGGCCGAUUCAAUUUGAGGCACGGCGAUAUUGUCGAAUACAUCAUUUGCGAGGACGGCACCGGCAAUCCGGCGACUCAACGCGCCUACCAUCGAACCGAAAUGGACGAGAACAAUGAAUUGAAAAUUGAUUUGAUCUACUAUCUCGCCCAACAAGUGCAUCCCGUCGUUUGUCGAUUGUGCGCGCCGAUCGAGGAGACGGACGCGGUGCGAAUCGCCGAGUGUUUGGGUCUCGACGCGACGAGCUAUCGACGAGCGGCGGCGGCGACUGCCGCUCAGUGCGCCGACGAGGAGGACUAUAUGUGGCAACAGGAGAAUUACGAUUUGUGCGAGGGCCUAGCGAUUCGAUGCCCGCUGUCGGGUUGCGGCGAGACGAGCGUCAUUCGAGCGGUGUUCGAUUUCGAAUCGGACGCGUCGUCGCCGCGAAUCCGUUUGUCGUCGUGCGCGAAAUGCCAACGAUCGUGGCUGCCCGAGUCGACAAUGGCGAUUGUCGCGAAUCAGAUCGAUCGUCAACUCGGCGAUUUCGUCGCGCGACACAUGUCGGCCGGCUACAAAUGCGACGAGCCGACGUGCGAGUAUCGCACACGAUUGCAGACGAUGAAAUGGUGUCGCGAGGGCCUUGAAUGCGUCAAAUGCUCGACGGGAAUAUUGCGAAAAGAGUACACAUCGAAGCAGCUAUUCGAUCAGCAAAUGUUCAUCCACACGCUUCUCGAUGUCGAGAACGCGACAAAAUCGAUGGAUUCGACGCAAUUGAAAUCGGCGAAAAUGCGCGCGGAAUUCGUUUGCGCGAAAGAAGCGCUAUUGGACUUGAAAAUGCACGUCGAGGAGAAAUUCUUGAGGAAAAACGCGUACAAUCAAGUCGAUUUGUCAUAUAUAUUUGCGCCCAUGCUGAAAAUUCGUUGA